CUGUCUGAUGCCGCAUUGGAAGUGGAGGGUGCCGCUAUGGAGCGCAGGGAUGGAGGCCACACUCUGUAUCCACACGUGCCUUUGGCUGAGUGCUGCCUGGAUCCCCCUUGCGUUAUCAGACGGACUGGCGGGCGAUGGGGAGUGUGCUCCCGGCACUGACACCCGGCAUGGCAAGCUGACGUGGGCUGUCAGCUUGGACGUGCCUGAGGAGGAGCUGGAGCAGCAGGCGGAGGAGCUGGCCCGGACUGCGGGGCUGGUGAAUAUGGGCCGCGUUGGGGAGCUCAAGGGCCAUUACCUCUUCACCUACCAGCCCGACGGCCAAGCGGCAAGCGAACCUGAAGCAAUAAGGAGGUCGGUGGACACUUUGUUUGCACAGCAUGACAGUGUGCGGUGGCACUCGGAACAGAAGCUUCUGAAGCGUUCCAAACGCAGCCUGCACUUUAACGAUCCCAAAUACCCCCAGCAGUGGCAUCUGAACAACCGCAAGAGCCCUGGGAAGGACAUCAAUGUCACAGGUGUCUGGGAGCAGAACGUGACGGGGCGUGGUGUGACGGUGGUGGUGGUGGACGACGGCGUGGAGCACACCAUCAAAGACAUACAGCCAAAUUACAGCCCAGAAGGCAGCUAUGACUUGAACUCCAAUGACCCCGACCCUAUGCCUCACCCCGACGAGGAGAAUGGCAACCACCAUGGGACCCGCUGUGCCGGGGAGAUUGCUGCCGUGCCAAACAACAGCUUCUGCACAGUGGGAGUUGCCUACGGGAGCCGCAUCGCAGGCAUCCGAGUCCUGGAUGGGCCCCUCACCGACAGCAUGGAGGCCAUCGCCUUCAACAAGCACUAUCAGAUCAAUGACAUCUACAGCUGCAGCUGGGGUCCAGAUGACGAUGGGAAGACCGUGGAUGGCCCCCAUCAACUGGGAAAGGCCGCCCUGCAGCACGGCGUGAUAGCGGGUCGCAGGGGCUUUGGGAGCAUUUUCGUCGUGGCCAGUGGCAAUGGUGGGCAACACAGCGACAACUGCAACUACGAUGGCUAUGCCAACUCCAUCUAUACUGUCACAAUAGGCGCAGUGGAUGAGACGGGCUCCAUGCCGUUCUAUGCUGAGGAAUGUGCCUCCAUGCUAGCAGUGACCUUCAGUGGCGGGGACAAGAUGAUGAGGAGCAUUGUGACGACAGACUGGGAUUUGCAGAAAGGCACGGGCUGCACAGAGGGCCACACGGGGACGUCAGCUGCCGCUCCCCUUGCAGCCGGGAUGAUCGCGCUGAUGCUGCAGGUGCGGCCGUGCCUCACCUGGCGAGACGUCCAGCACAUCAUCGUCUUCACUGCCACCAAGUACGAGGAUCGUCACGCGAAGUGGGAUAUCAACCGGGCCGGCUUCAGCCACAGCCAUCAGCACGGCUUCGGCUUGCUGAAUGCCUGGAGGCUGGUGAACGCUGCCAAGAUCUGGGAGUCUGUCCCGUACCUCGCCUCAUACGUGAGCCCUGCACUGAAGGAGGGCAGGAGCAUCCCGUUACUCCCGCAGGAGCUGGAGGUCGCCUGGAACGUCACCACCGCCGACCUGGAGCUCUCCGGCAUGAGAACCCUGGAGCACGUGGCAGUCACUGUCACCAUAACCCACCCCCGCCGUGGCAACCUGGAAAUCAGGCUCUUCUGCCCCAGUGGCAUGAUGUCCCUGAUAGGGACCACCAGGAGCAUGGACUCGGACCCUAAUGGCUUUGCAGACUGGACCUUCUCCACGGUGCGGUGCUGGGGCGAGGAAGCACGGGGCACGUACAGGCUGGUCAUCAGGGACAUCGGAGAUGAGAGCCUGAGGCCUGGGACCUUGAAGCAGUGGCAGCUGACCCUGUACGGCUCCUCCUGGUCCCCAGCAGAGAUGAAGGAGCGGCAGAGGCUGCUGGAGGAAGCCAUGAGCGGGCAGUACCUGAGCAGCAACUUCUCCCUGCCCUGCCCGCCGGGGCUGGAGAUCCCCGAGGAGCAGCGCUACACAAUCACGGCCAACACCCUCAAGACCCUCCUGCUGUUGGGGUGCUUUGCCGUGUUCUGGACUUUCUACUACAUGCUGGAGGUUUGCCUGACCAGGAACAACGUGGGGCUUGACCUGAGCUGCAACGCCUCCGCCGCCUGCAAAUGGUACCAGCAGGGAGGGAAGCACAGAGCCCUGGAGAGCGGCCUGGAGAUGGAGUCUGUGCCGCUCUAUCGGGAGAAGGACACUGACGACGUCGAGAUGGAGUGUGAGCACCCAGAGCCUGCCCAGGAGGACGAGGGGGAGGAGGGGCCCUGGACCCCCCCCCACCCCAAGCUUCCCAGCAGCAGCAGAGCCACGAGCUUCCACGAGGCAGCCCCCGCCGGAGCAGGGUACCUUGGCCGGGAGGCGACGGCCGAGCUCCUCUCGGAGGACAGGGAGCACCAGCCGUGCUAG